AUGACAAGUGUAAGGUAAUCUUUUCUCGAUUUUUCUUUGUUUUUAGAAAGGUUGUCCGUAUAUACAGAGAAAAAUGACUCUGCAAUUGAUAAAUAAGGUAAUUUGGCUUUAUUUUAUGCUUGUUUGAAUGUGAAAUAGCAGGUAACAGCAAUAUUUCGUUACUAGGGAGCUAAAACAAUCUUAUAAUAUUGGCGUUGUUUCUACGAUUUUUUCUGCCAAUUCUAAUCUUUACUUCCUUUUAGCACGGACAGUGACAUUCACAACCCUCGGGCCCGUCACCACGCCCGCCACCUCUUCCACCUCCAUUGUGGCCACUUGCACCGUCUUCAUCAAUGUGCCAAGGGUUUCCUCUUGCAUGAUAAGGUUUAUAACUGUCCUCAGCCGAUGAACUCACUGAUGGACUUGGAACUGUUGAAAAGAUACUAGCAGGUAAACCCGUCUACCUUGGUGAAAAAGAAAUGAUAACGCCAAUACUGUCAAGAAUAAGGUAAGAUAUUUUGAUCAUGAUUUUUUCGGGUUUUAGGUAAUAUUGUGCAAGAUAAUCCAAGAAGAAUUUAUAAGAUUACUAAAAUAGCGUUUUGCAGAUUGGUUUAUUUACCUAUCUUUGCAAUUGUAAUAUUAUUCUUCGUGCAAUUCCCGAUAAAUCCUAGUAAACGUCAAAUUUGUCAAUAGAUGAGAAGAGGAAAAUUUUAUUAAUAAUACAACCAUUUCUUCAUUCGGGGUUUAGGAAUCAAGAGUAUAAUGUAAUUUCGAAAUCUAAUUUCAAUUAUUCUUCCAGAUUUUUCUCAUUUCAGUCUCUUCACAGUCCGAUGACCGGCGGAUCCAAGCCGACUCCGGCUGCUUCGCCAGCCAAGUUGCAAAGUUCGAAGCAAGACAUCCUUUCAAAGGGGCCAGUCCAGCCGAAACCCGCCGGAUCAGCCAGAGCUUUGCCGACUAAACCACCUCUCAAGGAGAAUGCUGCCGGUCUGAAGACAGCUAGAGGUGCGUUGCAGUCUUUCUGCGCGGCAUUUCAUUUCAGGCAGAGUUCAUUUUUAGGAGACUAAAUUCGAUUGUUUUUUCAGCUUCCUCUACCCCUCGAUCUCCACGAACGCCACAUGAAAAGAAGGCGAAAGUAGUCGACGAAAACAACAACAAGAAAGUGGCGAUGGAGAGGAACAAGGAGAAAUUCAAGGAGGCCAGAGCUAAAGCGAGAAUGGGAAUCAAAUCUCCAGGAGAGUCACCUCCUGAGUUGCCAACGAAGGUUGAGCCGGUGAAGGAGAAAUCAACUAAAGGUAUGCAUAUGAUGAAUAUGAGAGUUGUCGAAAAUUGACGGCAAUAAACGGGUGUUCGAGCCAAUGGGUUAUUGCGGAAUGCCAACAUUUUUUUGCAUUUAAAGUUUGCGUGUGAAGUGCAAUUAUCGACUUGACUGCUUCUGGAACACCCUGUAACUUCUUUAGAGCGCCAUUCAGAAUGAUGUUUGUUUCAAUACAUUUAUUUAUUUUUAGCAAAUCCAUUUAAAAAUGCGGACAUUGAUUGUGCAGAUGUGGUGGAGCUGGAAGGCGGAUGCGACACCUCGAGAAUUGAAGGGGACUUGACAUCUUCUGACGUAAUUUCGGAUUCCAACGAGCAUUCGAUGGAUCCUCGCUCACCACCGGAACGUUAUUUUAGUCCUGAAAGAGAAAAAAAUCCAGUUCGACGAUGCUUUUAUUUCGAUAAAACUGGCGCCAGAAAUGAGAGAGUAAGACUUUUUUGUGAUUGAGUGACUAGAUGUAGUGCGGAUAGGUCUUUACAUUUUGAACAACCUAAUGCGUUCGGUUGUUUAACGGAUAUUGUUUUAGGUAGAUAUUGAUGAUGAUAUUUAUGAUGAAGUUGAAUUCUCAUCUUCUCAAACUGUAUAUCCAGCUAAAUUGGAACGUCAAAGAACUCAUGCCAAGGUCAUACGGUAGGUUGUUGUGGUGUUUAUAUUUAAAAAUGUUGUUUUAGUUCAAGGGCGGAUCAAUGGAGGCGAUACGGAGCUCUGCUGCAGAUAUACAGCAUUGGUGGACAUAUACAACUGCAUAAUCGAAAAAGCGAAGGAAAGAAGACAGCAUUUAUCAAGGCGGGAACGAAACCUCCAACUCCACCGAGUGAGUAAAAUUGUUGGCUUUUUUUGAACCUUUAGACAAGUUUAUAUGGCAACUUGCGCCCGAGGGUCCUUCAUUUUAAAAGCGGCUGUAAAAGAUGGAUUUAGAGUGGGAUGUUCUGAUAUUUCAGGCUGAAAAUUGUUGUCUCUGCAACAUUCGGCCAACAUUAAAAACUGAAUUUUAUUUGAUUUUUUGCAGAAGAACCCCCAAUCACAACGUUAGAGGAGUUUUUCGCACGUACGAUUCCAAAAUGCUCGUCGAGUAUUAGCAAAGAGCCUGAUGACCCCUUCGAAAACACCUCCCCAGAUGCCCUCACGGAUCAAGACAACAAAAAUGGGAAGAAAGAAAAGAAAGAUGCCAAAAAGGAACAAAAAGAUGCCAAGCCUGAUAAGAAAGAUAAUCCAAAGGUCAAAUAA